CAGUGGCGCGUGACGCAACAGGAAAGCCUGGAAGCGGCCGAGAGGCGCAGCUGCCCCUGGUUGUGAGGAGAGGUUUCCUCAGAACGCCUCCUUCCCCUUCUGCAACCGGACGACGGCGCGUAACGUCGCACUGCAUUGCGGCUCCCCCCCCCCACACACACACACGCUAGCGGCCCGCAAAUUCCCUACCUGCCCCCCGCCCCGCCAUAAAGAAACCCGCGCUGGGCCCAAGCGCGCGAAACCAUUUGGCGAGGCCCCUGCGCGCGCCUCGGCGUCUCCGCCGCGCGCCAGGAAUGGUGGGGCUGAACCUUUGAUGGAGCGCCGCGAUCCGAAGCCGCGCGAAGGUGAGUCAGCGGCGACGGCGCGACACUCGCGGAGCCCAGGGGGAGCUUGGUCGGCCUCUGGCGCGAGGGAGGCGGGGAGGAGCCCAGCUCGGAGGGAGAGGGAUGCCGAGGCGGAACGAAAGAGACAGGGAGCUGAGGGACGCGGCGCGGGCUGGAAGCCGUUUCCGCAAGGCGGCUGCUCAGGAACCAGGUUGAGACCAACCUGGGAGUGAUUCCCACGGAACUCAGUGGGAGUAACUUACGAGUAGGCACAUGUAGCAUAGCACGGUCAUCCGUUCCCUGGCUGGGGCUGUUGAAAUUGGACACCAUCGAAAAGGGAUAACAAACCACGUCAGACAUGAUGCUUCCAAGUUGGCCUGCUUGGCCUCUUGCAGGUGGCAGGUGUAAGGCCUGAAUCUCCAGCUGGGUUUAUUAUUAUUAUUAACAACAAUAAUAAUUAACAAGAACAAUAGCAAAGCAUUAAGAAAACUGUGUGUGCAGUUUACAAAUUUCAGCUGGGUGCAAAUAGAGGCGAUCUGCCCUUCUCUACCCCCCUCUCCCAAUUAUCUGCAAAGCUGCCCUGUGACAUCACCAGGGGCUGGGCACUAAAGUGUCAGGGUCUGGGAUGCUCCUGGCCUGGCAGUCCUAAAAUGGCUUUGAUUUUCUGGUCAGCAUGACACCUGCUGUGAUAAUUGCACUGCAUUAACCACAAGUUUCUUUUCUAUAUCUAGGGCCAACAUUAAGAAACUUCUUUUUCGGUCAAGUUGCUUUUUAAAUUUUUUAGACGGAAGAUGAUCAGUUCAUUUUCUUAUGUUGAACAAGAAGAAGUGACGUGGCUCAUGGACCUCCUGAAAAAUUGGAUGUAUCCAAAUAAUUAUCUAGGGAUUUUCACAGACUAUACAGUGUACCUCUUGGUGAUAUUAACACCAUUCAUAAUUCUGCUGUCACCUGUCUUAGUCAUUCUUGGAUGUAUUUACCUUUCUAAUUUUCUUCUGAAUAUUUACAAGAUAAAGAUUAAGGUAAAAGGAGAUGAUUAUCUCAGUAAGUCAUGGGACACUGGAAGGAGGGCAGUGCUUUAUCUUUGGGACAUGUAUGGCACAGUGUGGCAUGGUAAGCACCAUUUUCUCCCCCUUUCAAAUUGCACAGGGACAACUUGGGUAAUAGGAUUAUUUAUUAAUCAUGAAUUUAAAAAGUAUUAUUUAUUAAAGUUUUUGUUAGAAAUACUGCAGAAAUCGAUUUUAAUAAUAUUCACUUGUAUCAUGCAGUUCAAGUGCUUAAAGCACUUUUCAUACUUUUAUCUCAGUAAGCUUAACAACAGCCCUGUAAGCUGAACUGGUAGCAUUAUCGACUUACCUAAAACUGUGUAGGCAGCAGUCUUUUAUAUGUUUACCUGGAAGAAGUCCUACUGACCUCAGUGGUGCUUACUAAUGAGUAUGGGAUUGUAUCACUAGGCUACAAUUCUAUUCAUACUGACCUGAGAGUUAGCCAUAUUGAACUCAAUGGGUGUUAGGAGUAGACCUCUAUCUAGCUACUAUUUAUUUAUUUAUACCCUGCACUUUAGCUGAAAAUGUGAGUAGACAUCCAUUUAUUUAUGUUCCCAGAGUGGCUUACAAAAGUCACCAGCAAAGCCGUCCUUUUCCUCAGACACACAACUUCAAAUGACAAAAACAGACAAGGAAAAAGGCAUGAGGAGGGAAUAGUUAAAAGGCAGGUCAAGUAUCAGUUCUCACAGUUACAUUUCUUGCAGUAACCGGCUGGGAUGAAAGGUAGCUUGAUAAGAGUGGCUGCCAACGAGUGACACUUGAGGAAGGGCCAAAGAGGUGACAGAAUAGCCCUGUUUCUCUUCUCUCCCUCUGCUCUGCUUUAUGGCACUUUGGUACUUGACUACAUGAACAGGGACUUGGGUUAUCAUUAUUGUAUGAAGAUUCCAUACAUCAUUAAAAUCUUUUUUAUUUUUUACAUGAUGGAAUGGUAAUUUAGUAAAAGUACUGACAUCCCUGGAAGUGAAAGCAUUAUUCAAACCACCACAAGAUGCGUACCAGAUACAUCUAGAGUCCCUGUGCUACAUGAAUGUAGGGUCUCAGCAAAUGCAGUGGGUUUCACUUCCCAGGGUGGAACAGUGGAGAUACCCAACAGUAGGUCUGUGCACCACCUGUGACCGUGAGGCAUCACCAUUCCCAGACUACAAGCCCCAAAUUUCAGUUUCUUUGGUUUUAGGCUGGCUCUCAGAGCACCCCUCACAUGCAAACAGCCCAGUACCAUAGGAACAGGGGAGAUGGCCAAACAGGAGUUUCAUACCUGUCAUCAGAUUGCCCAGUUGGCUGUACUUUUGGCUAUUUGAGAGGUGUGUAAGCUUCAGCCUUGAUCAGGGUUGGGUUGAGAACCAAGAAGGGGUGAAGUGUCUGAGAGGAAUUCACUGUUGGGCUUUUACAGUUGCUCUGUCAGCACAAGUAUUUCUGCCUGCCAGAUGGAAUGAUCCCUCCUCUCCUCCCCACACAUGAUGCUCCAGGGUUUCUCUUGACCCUCCAGAGUAGAUUGGUGGAAGUAGAACAAGGAAAGCCCCAUUGCACUAGAGAAGCCCCUGUGGUGGCUUCCACUAGAGUGUCAGGUUAGUUGCAUCCAGCCCUGUAGGUCCUUUAUAAGCCUUGGGUGAAGUUUCUCAUUUCUGAACCAACAGCUCCUUUAGAGCUCCAGGCUCAGCUUUCAUGAGCUGCAGAAAUGGGUAAGUGCAACUGUGUCUGAAUUUUAAAGAAAUUAAUCACAGGCACAGGAACUGAUGAUAAUUGGAACCAAAGCAUGUAGGAAGGAGGUUAAAUCCUUCCCUUAACAGCCACAAUGCCAAUAAACAUUUGCCUCUCAAUCUAAAAAAUACCAGCAGUGAGGUGGAGAGCUACUGGUGGAAGUUUCUGCCCUAUCUAGGAGGCUGAUUUUUGUCAAAAUCAUUGCUGGAAAAGGAAGGACCACAAUGGAAAUCUUACCUUAUUCUUCUUCUUAUUAUUAUUCUUUUAAGCAUGGAUGUAGGUGCUCACUGUGCAAUUAAAGUAUCAUCUGGUUCGGCUGUCAUUGUAGUGAAAUAGGGGAAUACAGGCUACUCAACACUGUUAGACUAAAAAAUUAAUUUGGAGUCCAUUUCUGACUGCAAUAACUCUACUAACAUUUGACAUUCCUUGCAAUUUCUUCUGUUGCUUUCUGCUAAUCUUAGGGGCUUGAUUGAAGCAAUGCUAAAACUCUUGUAUUCUGUGCUUUGAACAGGUUAUGAGGUGCACGGGAUGGAUAAAGUACCAGAAGGACCAGGGCUUGUUGUAUUUUACCAUGGAGCCUUUCCUCUAGACUAUUUCUACUUUGUAUCUAGACUCUAUUUGCAGACAGGCAGACUCUGCCAAUCAGUGGUUGAUUACCAUUUUUCCAAAAUACCAGGUAAAAUGUAGUGGGUGUGCAUGUGCAUUGUGUUGCAAAACUUUAAAAUGUACACCAUAAUUUUAAAAUGCUAGUCCUGAAACACAGGCAUAUCUGGGUACUGUUGCACUGCUGAUAGGAAAUAAUAUGCAUCUUGCCUGGACCAGUGUUAGAAAUGUCCAGUCUCGGGGGCAAUUUUAGAAACCCCCAGUCAAGUCCCUAGGUAUGUCAUAAUUGACAUUUCUACUUGUUGUGUUUACAUUGGCUUUAGUUUGCUUCUUCAUUUAUAUAGGUUUAUACAGAUGUGCCCAAGGACUAGUGUUUCUCUGUAACCUCGGGAUGGCUCUUUCAGUGUCUAGUACCCCUCUGAAAAUACAAAAUAGGCCAAGAUUAGCACUUUAUGUAGUAUCUCCUGGAAAGUUAUUUGAAGGAUUCAAUUACUUGCCUCAACAAACCAAGAAUAACUAACUGCGUAUACUGCCCAGAAGAUGCCUUGGAAGAUGUGCUAACCUGCUGAUAAAACUACAAGAAAAGUCUAGAAAGAUGCACAUAGAAAAAGAACACGAAUGAUGGACUCCUCCAAAGGGAUACAGUGGUACCUUGGUUCUCAAACGUAAUCCGUUCUGGGAGUCUGUUUGGCUCCCGAAACCAUUCGAAAGCCAAGGCACAGCUUCUGAUUGGCUGCAGGAGCUUCUUGCACUCAAGGGGAAGCCAUGUCGGACGUUUGGCUUCCAAAAAUGUUCACAAACUGGAACACUUCUGGGUUUGCAGUGUUAAGGAGCCAAUUUGUUCGACAACUAAGCCGUUUGAGAACCAAGGUACCACUGUAUUUCACUUUCAAUGCUCACUGGGGCCAUUGCUGUUUUGCCAGCUCUCAGCUCUCCUUAUCCAAUGCCUUUCCUUCUCCCCUCUUUUCUAAACAAUCUGCUUCCUAUGUUUUCUAAAUUUCAAAGCCUAACUAUAAUGUCUUGUCUUGUACCGCUGUGUAUUCUAACUACCUGAAUGCCGCCUGCUGAUUCAAGUCUUGUUUCCUUUGGGGUUUUUGUUGCUGUUGUUCUGUGUGUGAGUAUUUUAAGCCCACAUCCAUGAAGCCCAAAUUGUUAUUUUAAAGAGCAAUAUUUUUGUUUGUCUCUUUCAGAAAAUAAGUUUUGACCUUGAAAGCUUUUAGAUAUAACUAGUUUAUAUAAGUGUUGAAUGAACACAUUUUAUUUUUAGUGAUUUGUUUCAGGUUCUCAGCACUCAGUUAUUAAGUAUCAAUUAUUAAAGAAAAUCUCAGUUUAGUAAGAGAUUUGUGUAUUUGUGUCUAUGUGGGAUGAUGCCCUCCAGAACAACAAGGUAACUAUUAGUACUGCAGGAGUCAGUGUGCUUGUGCCCCCCUCCCUUUCUGUCUCCCAUACAAGUACUAACCAAGCCUGAUCCUGCUUAGCUUCCAAGAUCAGACAAGAUUGGUCGUGUUUAGGAUAGUAUGGCUGUAGACCCACUUUCUCUCUGUCAAGUAGCUAAGGAGCACUCUCAGAGUAGGUACAACUGAUCAUGUGUUAGAGAGGGGAGGCAGCUGUGCUCUGUUAAAUUAACUGUGGGUUUCUAUGUUUGAUACAUUUGCCUUGGAUGAAAGAGGAAGAGAAACAUUGGAAUCUAAUGCAUUUAUAAAAACACAUUUCAGAACACUGUUAUACAGUAUGCAUAAUUAAGCCCUGGUAAUCCAUUUGCAAUAUCUAAGGCUGAAAACCUUGGAAACUUAGGACAACAUCCAAUGGUGCGCAAUGGAUUUUGGGUUUCUUGUCUACCUCCCUAGCCCACGAAAUGCCCAUAAAUUCUGUUUCAGAGGAUCCUCUGAUCCUCCAGAGCAAAUUAUGGGGGUAUAUGGGAGGCUUUACAGCUGAGGAAGGUGAAGCCUCUUCAUGUUACUGAAUGCUGCUCGUGCUAUGUUGGAUCUUGCCAUUAAUUUAUUGGACUCAGUAGGAGUUAUUUACAUAGGAGCAGGCUGCAUGAAUGGCAUGUAGAUUUGCUUUCAAAUUAAAUGUUAGAUGUUGGGAACAGAAUAAUAUAUCAAGCUUUGGUUUCUUAAUGUGUAUAUAAAGAUUUUGGUGUUCCAAAAAAGGAUGUGCAACAAGCUGCAUGUUUGCAUGGAUGAAUUAAUGUAAUGCUCAGAAACACAAAUGGAUGCUUUCUGUUAGCCCUGCAGUCUCAUGCCUUUUCUGUCCACAACUGAUAAACAUAAUUUAAUUUUAUUACAUACAAGACAGAUGCCAACUUUUAGGCUACAGUCCUACACUUACUUACCUGGCAGUGAGCCUCACUGAACUCUGGUUCUGGCUUCUGAGUGGAAGUGUAUAAAAUUGUGCUGUUGCAUUUGAACCUAUCUUUCAUAAAAGAUGGCAAACCUUUCACUUUUUAUGUCUAAAAUGUGCAGGAUGUACUUGUUUUAUAUAGUGUGUUUUCCCUUUAACAAAGUAUUUCUCCUGCAGGUAUCAAACUGUUUUAUAAAGUACAUGGCCUUACACAUGAUGGAAGAGAGGAAUGUGUUGAAAUUCUGAGAAAGGGAUACUUGCUUGGAGUCUUACCAGGUGGAGCCCGAGAAGCACUUUUUAGUGACGAAAACUACAGUCUCUUGUGGGGUAGCCGCAAAGGCUUUGCUCACGUGGCCAGAGAUGCAAAAGUGGUGAGUGGCCAGGUGCUGUAGAUUUGAAGUGUGUGUUUCUGGUUUUUGUUGUGUCCCUGAAAAGAAAACGCAUUUGCAGCAAAGCCGUAAGAGAACCUUUCGAAAGAUCAGUGAUGCUACAACCGUUUUAUCCAUGUGUGGUGAGAAAAUACUGGCAGGUUGUCUGGACGUGUCAUGGGAUGAGAAAUCUCAUCUGCUGGACAACUCCACCUGAUACACUAGUAACAGGAUAAAGGCUACAACCUUUCAAUAGGACAAUGACCAGCAGUGCCUGUGCACCAGAUGCAUUUAACUUUAGAAGGAAGUUAAACUUACUUGUGGAGGGUAAAAUACAUUAACAUGAUCCAAAGGGGAGGGGGUUGGAUCCUUAAAGCAAAGGUUUUUCCUUUUGUCUUAUGCACUUGAUAUUUUCUAACUUCAAAAAACUUGUUAGGUGGGGCAUAAGAGAGUUAAAGAAAUGAGAGUUAACUCUUUCCCACUGGAAAUCAGUGAAAUUUAAAAGUUUUUAUCUUUGGGCUCAUGCCCCACGACAGCUGAAGAAAUAUAAUUUAUUUAUUUCCUUUCAUUUUUAUACCACCUUUCUUCCACCGUGUAACCCUGGGUGGCGCCCAUGUGAUUCCCGGGUGGUGGCCAGGCACACAUCAGUUCAGCUUCAGCAAGGUGGUGGUCUCAUGUGGCUCCAGACCGCACCCUGGGAUGAUUAAUGAAAGGGAAUCCCCUCCUUUUUUCAAAACGGCAAACAGAUGCAUGAAUAUUCUCACCCACUCAUUUUCUUAGUAUUAAAUUGCUGAGUAACUUGCUCUAAUUUUCAUUGGCAAUGACAUUACUUUUAUCACUACAGUAUGUGAAUGAGUCUCAAACUCUUGUCCUUCCCCUUCCCUCCCCUUCCCCAACUAGGAGGGGGAACUGGAAGCUUUCACUUUCAUUUUUAAGAAACUUCAAUGUAGCAUUAUGCCUGAAAUUGGUAAGCUGUUUAGUUAAACUUCAAACAUUGUUUCAAUAAAACAUAGUUCAGAGUUUACUUGACAAUGAAGUGAAAGUUUCUGAUGAUCUCACAGAUGCACCAGAGUAGCUGGGUUUCCCCAGCCAGAUGAGCAGGGUAUAAAUAAUAAAUUAUUAUUAUUAAAAUUAUUAUAACGCAAAAAGCCAAAGCUUAUUAAUGUAAGGACUAAACCAUAGUUUAUCAUCACAUUGAGAUGUGUCGAUUUCAGUUUAUGUAAUGAGCUUAAAAUAGUGGGACGCGGGUGGCGCUGUGGGUAAAACCUCAGCGCCUAGGACUUGCCGAUCACAUGGUCGGCGGUUCGAAUCCCCGCGGCGGGGUACGCUCCCAUCGUUCGGUCCCAGCGCCUGCCAACCUAGCAGUUCGAAAGCACCCCCGGGUGCAAGUAGAUAAAUAGGGACCACUUACCAGCGGGAAGGUAAACGGCAUUCCGUGUGCUGCGCUGGCUCGCCAGAUGCAGCUUGUCAUGCUGGCCACGUGACCCAGAAGUGUGCGGACAGCGCUCGCUCCCAGCCUAUAGAGUGAGAUGAGUGCACAACCCUAGAGUCUGGCAAGACUGGCCCGUACGGGCAGGGGUACCUUUACCUUUUAAUGAGCUUAAAAUACUGAUGCUGAAAUUUUGAGAGACAUAGGUGAAGUGAUAAGUUUCAUUGGAAAACUGGUUUCAGAAUUGUGGCAUCUUACCAUACAACACCUUUUUUAUACAUGGAGAUAACAUCCAUGAGAUGAUUUCCUUUUUGUGCAUGGAGGAUAACUAUGAUAUCAAUACAAGAUAUUUAAGUAGUGGAGGCUGAACUACUGCCCUAAUUGUGGCUACUUUUCUCCCACCUUUCUCAGCCUAUCAUCCCUAUAUUUACAAAAAAUCUUCGGGAAGGAUACAGAGCACUUGGAAAAAUAUGUAAGAUUGAUUCCCCUUGCAUCUUCCCAUAUCAGCUUAUGCCCUAGGGCUAAACACAUUACACAUAAGUAAAUUCCACUGGCUUCAGUUGGACUUCUGUAUAAUUGUGUUUAGAAUUUUUCUCCUGGAAUAUUUUUGUUGUCAUCUUGAACUUUAUGCUGUCAUACAUCCUUCUCUGCGUUGCAUCACACUGUCUUAUCCUAGCUCUUUUUCCUUUACCUGCUCCAUCUCUGUUUGUGUGGUUCUUCCUCUUCAGUUUCUUUGAAUUUGUUUAGGUGUCCAGUUGUGCCUGGUCCAUGGCCGGGUAAUGCGGAUUUACUUGUACUGUAGUCUAGUAUGUAUUUGUGCACACAUUAGCACAUUGAAAUCAAUGAGGUUUAAAAUAUGUAUAAUUAUUCAAUGGUUUGAGGCUGCUUAUUGUGCAUGACAAUUUAGACAUACUUUUUGCACAGUUAGCACCAACUGCAUGGCCUUUGCUCAUCUAUUAUUAAGGCUUCUUCUGAUUCCUAAGACUAUAUCAUAUUACCAUAUAUUAAAAAUGAGAAUUUUUGAAAAAUUUACACACAGGGCCAUUUAAGUGGCUGUAUGAACGUACCCGAUGGCCAAUUGUUCCUGUAUAUGGAGGGUUUCCAGUCAAAUUUUGCUCCUAUGUAGGAGAUCCCAUUCCUUAUGAUCCAAAUAUAACAGUUGAAGAACUAGUUGAAAAGGUAAGUUUGGUGUAUUGGGUUUUAUUAAUGUUCUAAAGUACAAGGCAUAUGCGUAAUGUAGUACUCUGGGAGUGCAAUCCUAUGCACACUUUUCUGGGUGUACAUCUUACUGAGUUCAGUGUUUCUUGCUUGUCAGUAGGCAUGCAUAAGGUUACAUGGUUAGGAUGCAAUCUUACACCCAUUUACCUGAGAUCGAUUCAGCUGGACUUACUUCUGAGUAGACAUGUAUAGGUGUUCACUUAAACUCCUCACUGGAGUAUCAGGAAGUCCUGGGGAAGAAAACAGAAGAGAUGCAUUGCUGAAAUAUUGGACUUAACGGAAGAGAAAAUGACAAUGGCCAAAAAAUGCUGAGGUAAAAUACUGGGCUUAUAGAAAAUAAUGGAAGGGACCCAGCGUACCCCAAUUGCCUAAUAUGGUUUUUGGUUUUCAAAAGAGCAUUACAGAUAAGAAACCAGUGUUGCAGGUUCACACAGUGAAAGUAUCAGCACUUGCCUGAAGACAGAGAAAGUGUAGCAGAAUUAACCUACGGUAAAAUUGUCUCCUGGGUCUCAGUGAGCCUCUCCUGUCAUUUUCUGAUGCGUUCUUUUGUGCACACCGGGAAUUUGAGAAAAGGGGAAGAUUACAAAACUCGGGAGGGUGUCCUCCAGUGUGCUUUAUAGUGGUAUAAAGACAUUAAAAAUAGAUUAGAUUAUACAGGGGAAAAUAUUUCCUCAAGUUUAUUUUGAAAGGUUGUGGGGUUGGUUUCACUUUCCCAUUAAUUUCAGUAGGAGUAAUUAGGUCUCCUGGUGUGAAUUCCUACGUGGAAAGGGGUGGAGAGAGGCAUUCCACCUUUAAAGGCCUGCUGGCUUGGAGCAACCAGGCUGGAAAGUGGGGCGGUGCUGAACUUACCUCCUUCCACCCCACUUGUGUCUUCCUCCCUGCUUCCUUUGGUUUUAGUGAGAAGAUAAUUCGUUGUACCAGCUUGAGGUUCUUCCCUGGAACAUUCUGUUUCCAGUCCUAAUGACAGCUACCACUGGAAGAUCACUGGUAGUACAUCUAUGCAAAUAGUUUUCCAUGGGUAUAGCAGGAACAUACAACUCCCUUGCUACAACAGCUUCACUGGCCUGUCGGUCUGUUUCUGGGCGCAAUUCAAAGUGCUGGUUAUGACCUAUAAAGCCCUAAGUAGCUUAGUUCCAAGCUGACUCUAUUUCCCCUAUACAAACCAACUUGGGUUUUGAGAUCUUCAGGGGGAACCCUUCUGGUCCUGCCACCCUGACAGGCCUGCUUGGUAGGGACUCAGGUGAGGGUCUUCUUGAUGGCUACUCCCGGACUCUGGAACUACCUCCCUAGGAAAGUUAAACUGGCUCCCUCCAUGUUAUACUUCUGCUGGCAGAUGAAGACUUUUUCAUUGCAACAGGCCUCUUGAAAUUGAUUGCUUUUAAUGAAAGAAAGGGCUGGUGCAAUGCUGGAUUUAUUGUUUUAAAUAGAUUUGAGAGACAGAGAGUUUUAAUUCUAUCAAUGUUUAAUUGCUUCUUUCUGAUAUCUGUAAGUCAUCUUGAGUCCCUGUCAGGGGAAAAGGUAGGGUAUAAAUAAAUGAAUAACAAUAACAAGAAUAAUUCUAUGAUGAACAUGGGUUCUCCACUGGUAGAUCAUUAGAUCUAAGGACAAGGGGCACUUCUAUGCCAUUCUCCACCCGGUAGAUUUGGAUUUAGGAUUGCUCUGCUCAUAAAUUAAAUGUAAUUUGCAUUUAAAAAAAAAAAAAAAUUAAAGGGAGGGGAGAAAAGAUGGAACACAACAGGACACAUGACCUCUGAGAAUUGCAUGGAAUAUUAAGUGACAGAGCUCUACUUAAAAAUUGGACCUACUAGGGUCCACAGCCACUCUGUUGUGUAGAAGGGUUAAAUACUUUAAACUUACACUUGCAUUUAUAUAUUCUGGGGUUAUAUAAAAAUAAACAUAAUAUUUUCUGGAUUUUUUUUUUCAGACAAAGACAGCAAUAGAAGAUCUCAGAGAUAAACACCAAAAAAUGCCAGGUAGCAUACAAAGAGCACUGUUGGAACGAUUUUAUAAGAUUCCAAGUUAAUAGGAAAAUUCUUUUGAAAAUGUAUAUAUUUCCUUCCUAACAGUCUUGCAGUAUUUUUUUAUUUAUACAAGCAUCUCUUUUGUUGAAAAAACAUGGCUAAUGUUUUGUAUCACAGAAACUGCAUCUUUCACUCUAAGAAAAGUGCUUGAGUUGAGUUUUUGCCAGCUGUUUUGAGGGGGGGGCUUUUUUAUUUAUCCAAUUCAAUUGGAGUUUAAGCCUGGUUUUGGCAUUGAAACUGCCUGGGUCACCCUGAUGGGGGUCUUUUGCUGGGAGAGAGUCAGGAAGAGUGCAACUGUUGAUUCUCCUGGACCUCAGGGCACCUUUUCAUACCAUGAACCAUUGUAUCCCUCUUUCCAAGUUACUCCUGGGUAGCAUUGCUCUUCUGCUCAUACCAUCUUGGCAUACCAGGUAAAGUCCUACCUGGACAGAGAGUCUGGAUUCAGUGUUCCAUGUGCUGGUUACCUCCUGUUCGCAUCACUGUGAUGCAUUUUAUAUGAGGCAGCCUUUGAAAACUGGCCAGAAACUUUAGUCAAUACAAAAUACCAACUGGGACUAGUCAUCUUCACUGGAUCCCUUUAUACCUUUAACACAAGAAAAUAGCUCAUCUAGUCUAGCAUCUUUUUAUUGUGGUGGCCAACCAGAGGCAUAUGGGAAAUUGAAAGCAGGGCCUGGACACAGCCCCAAAUUCCCCUACAUGCCAAUUUAAACCCUUUGUGCUCUGAAGCCUUGGUAUCUGAAGGCUGGCCCGCAUUCCACAUAUAUCUGCCAGGACCAAAAAUAAUCAUCAGUAGGAUGUUUCAGAAGGAAACGUGUUGACUAGAAAGAGAAGGUGAGGUUCCCAGAGGAAGAAGAGAGCUUAGUGAUUUUGUGGGACAUUGGGGAAGCUUUUAGGGCAACAGUCAAAAGAAAGCAGGCCAGAGACGGGGCGAUUCUAGAGGGUAGGCUAGGAGUGAAAUAAACUUCUGGUUUUGCAAAAGAGUAAUAGUGUGAGGGGUGCUAUGGAAAGCAUAGGAAGGAGAGUAUGAGAUACUGGAGCAAGAAAGUCAAGAAUGAAAGAAAGGACAGCAAAGGAAAGAGAGCAGGUCACCUGAAGAAGGAGGGGGAGGAAAGGUUCACAGGAAUAUUUGGUGCAGGGAAAUGAGAUAUUGCUGUCAUUCAAAAGGCUAGAGCGAAAAGAAUUGUUUUGAUGACUGAGAUGGAAGUGGGUGAAUUAAUGAUUAAAAUGAAAGCCCAAACCCCAAUUUCCCUGUCUUAUCAAAGUCAUUGAGCUGGAUUCAAGUAAUGUUAUGCACUAAUGGAAACCAACAUAAGGAAGAUCCUGUCCCUUCCUAGGCUAGCAAUAUGAAUAUAAAAAUCAGCAGGAACUGUGCCCAUAUCUGUUUGCCACUUGUAAGUUGAUUUUGGUUGUGGUGACGCAGGCUGGACUUUCAGCCUUCUAAUCUAUGCAAGGCUCCAUCAAAGUGAUAGUGAUCUCAAAACUGUGUGAGAAAGCCUGUUCAGAAUUGAUCCUUUGGCGAUGGAACGCCAUCAUCAGAGAUGCACACCGUACAAUUGCUUUCUUAUCUUUCUGGAGCAAGACAGAUACCUUUUUAUUUUCUCAGGCCAUUUAAAUUAUGUUCUACAUUGGUUCUACUACUGGAUUUUAUUCCUCUGCCCUGAGUUUCAUAAUGAAUUAUUGCUACUAAGUCUCUCUGCCCCAUUCUAAACCAACUUUACUUUUUUUAAUAUAUAUGUAUAUAUAUAAUGGUGUGUUGUUGAUUUUUUUGUUUGUUUGUUUGUUAUUUUAUUGGUUUUAAUCCCUAUUUGUCAUCCUGAGCAUUUUGAUUAUAAGAUUAUACAUUGUAUGUAUUAAAAAAGUAAAUAAAUUCAGCUGCCC